AACAUCUCCCAGUCCAUGGAAGUUCUGGAUCUCAGGACCUUCCGGGACCUCCAGUACGUGAGGAACACGGAGUCUCUGCUGAGGGGCCUGGACUCCAGGCUGAAGGUGGCUGAGACCCAGAGGAGCCUCAACGCCAGGAGCUUCCAGGAGCUCCAGGAGAAGAUGCAGGAGCUGGUGCCGCUGGUGCCGGUGCUGGAGCAGUUCCGGGAGGACACCAGCAGGAGGGAUGAGUCCCACCAGGGAUGGACACAGGGACCACCAGGGAUGGGGAUGAAGAUCAGGAAGGUUGAGGACACCAAGGAUGAGGAUGAGGCCCACCAGAGACCCCUCCCCAGACCUACCCAGGUGGUGUCCCUCAUCCCCACCUUCUCCCCAGGCUGUGGGAAGCUCACGGGGGUCUCUCACCCCAUCACCAUCCGGGCCUCGGGCUCCCGCUUCGGCUCCUGGAUGACGGACACGAUGACGCCCAGUGCCGACAGCCGGGUCUGGUACAUGGACGGUUACUACAAAGGUCGGCGUGUCCUGGAAUUCCGGACCUUGAACGACUUCGUCUCGGGCCAGAACUUUGUCCAACACCUCCUGCCCCACCCUUGGGCUGGUACCGGCCACGUGGUCUUCAACGGGUCCCUCUACUACAACAAAUACCAGAGCAACGUGGCCGUCAAGUAUCACUUCAGGUCCAGGAGCGUCCUGGUCCAACGGAGCUUGGCGGGCGCCGGGUUCAACAACACCUUCCCCUACUCCUGGGGUGGCUUCUCCGACAUCGACUUCAUGGUGGACGAGAGUGGCCUCUGGGUGGUCUACACCACCAACCAGAACGCUGGCAACAUCGUGGUGAGCCGGGUGGACCCUCAGACCUUGGAGGUCCUGAGGAGCUGGGACACUGGUUACCCCAAGAGAAGCGCCGGGGAGUCCUUCAUGAUCUGUGGGACCCUCUACGUGACCAAUUCCCACCUGGCCGGGGCCAAGAUCUACUUUGCCUACUACACCAACACCUCCAGCUACGAGUACACGGACAUUCCCUUCCACAACCAGUACUCCCACAUCUCCAUGCUGGACUACAACCCCCGGGAGAGGGUUCUCUACACCUGGAACAACGGGCACCAGGUCAUCUACAACGUCACCCUCUUCCAUGUCAUAAAGACCUCGGGGGAGAUGUGA